AUGUCACUUUCCGGCAAGACCACCCUGAUCACAGGCGGAGGCAAGAAUCUCGGGGCGCUGAUCGCCACCCUCUUUGCUGCCGAAAGGUCAGAUUUGGCCCUGCACUACAACUCUGCCUCAACACAAAAGGCGGCCGAAGCACUCGCGGCGGACCUCUCGUCCAAGCACAAGGGCAUCCAGGUCAAGGUGUACCAAGGCGACCUGACCACGGCGGCACGUGUAGAGAGAUUAUUCGAUAGUGUUGCCGCAGACUUUGGCACGAAGCUUGACAUCGUCAUCAACACGGUGGGCAUGGUCUUGAAGAAACCCCUGGUCGAGAUCUCCGAGAAGGAGUACGACACCAUGUUCGCCAUCAACUCCAAAGCGGCCUUUUUCAUCACCCAGGAAGCGGCCAAACGUGUUAGUGAUGGGGGUAAGAUCAUCAAUACCGUGACCAGCCUCCUCGCAGCGUACGCACCGUCUUAUACCUCCUACCAAGGGAGUAAGAGCCCCGUCGAGUGGUUCACGAAGGGCUUGAGCAAAGAGUUGAUGCCGAAGGGGAUCAGUGUCAAUGCGGUCGCUCCGGGGCCUAUGGAUACUCCAUUCUUCUACGGCCAGGAGACCCCGGAAGCGGUUGCCUUUCACAAGUCCAAUGCUAUUGGCGGUCGGCUCACAGACAUCAAGGACAUUGCUCCGAUCUACAAGUUCCUGUGCACCGAGGGGGCGUGGAUCAACGGCCAGACAAUCUUUGCCAAUGGAGGAUACACCAGUCGUUAA